AUGUUCAAAUAGAAUUUGAUCAUUUUAAUACUUAUAUUUCAUUGUAGAGCUCGGAAUAAUUGUAGUUUGUAUCCUUUCAAUCCUAUUUUAUGUAUUUAGGAAACAAAAAUAAAUUAUUGUAAGUUAUUCUAUGAUUAAGGUCAAUAUAACUAUGCUGAAAAUAAAUGUAUUGAAUUCAAUUAAUAGGAUUAUGGUUGCAAGAAUAAUUUAAAUAAAAAUUCUUGCAUAGCAUAAUUGAGUGAUUAAUAAAAAAAUGAAGUGAGAUGUAAAAUUAUAGAAUAUAUAUAUAGGUUUAUUUCAGAAUAAAUGUAUAUAAGCUUCUAAUUUUCAUUUGAAAACUUUAGGAUGUAAUGAGAACUAUUCUAAGUUUUCUUGUUUGAAUGUAAUUAAUGAAGAUUGUAUUUGGGAAGAAAAAUGCUUAAAAUAUUAAGUAUAAGAUUUUGUAAAAGAGAGAAUUGAUUGUGAAACUUAUUAUAAUCGAUAAGUAUCAUCUUCAAUGUGUGCAAAAAUAGAAAAUUAUAAAUGUAAUUGUAAUAAUUAUUAGAUAGGUUUGCAUGGAGGACUUAUUAACGAUUACAAAUGUAUAACGAUAUAAGAAAGUUAGUUGUCAGAGAUAAGUUGUUUUGAAAAAGGUUUAAAUAAAAGAGGAUGCCUUUCAAUUAUAACUAAAGAUUAAACUUGUAUUAUAAUAUAUUUAAAAAAAGGUAUCUUUAAAAAUAAUCAUUGUCUGUCUGUAAACGUAAGUUUAUUAGAUUCUUGUAAUUAUAACAUAAACAGAUAAGCUUGUCUCUCUUCAAAGAUGAAUAAAUAAUUAUGUGAAUGGACUGGACUGUAUUGUAGAAUAUAUCUAAAUAAUAAUUAUCAAUGUAAUUAAAUAGUUAAUGUUAAUCAUUAUGUUUGUUAAAACUAUGAUGGUAUGUGUUUAUAUAACAGCGAAACAUAAAGUUGCGAAGAAGUAUCUCUGUAAUAAUUAAAUAAUAUUGAUUGCUCUACUUUAGGUUUAAGUAAAAAAGCGUGUUUGCUAAUUAAAAAUAAUUAUUGCACUUUUUAUAGAGGAUUUUGUGAAACGUUAACAGAAGAAGAUUUAAAUGUAUUCAAAUGUGAUAUGUUAUUAAAUGAAGACUCUUGUACUAGUAUAAAAACUCAAUUUUAAUAUUGUAAAUGGGAUGGAAUAAAAUGCGAUCGAAUUUUUAUAAAUUAAGAUUAGAAUUGCUAAGAAAAUAAUUAAUUUAAAUAUAAUGGUUUAUAUUGUUAGAAUAUAUCAAAAAAUAAAGUUGUUUGUAAAUAUGAUUCUUCAUCAAGGCAAUGUGUACCAAGUUCUAAAGAUGAUUAUUGUAAUUCACCUUAUUUAAAUUUUUUUGGUUGUUUAAGUAUAACAAGACAUAAAUAAACUUGUUAAUGGACUAAUAAUGGUUGUAUUCUACUUACAAUAUUCCCAUUUAAAACUACUUGUGAUAGUUUAGGAUAUGCAAAUUAUAAUUCAUGUUCUUAAGUAAUAGAAAAUCUUUAAUCUGGUUGUUAUUAUGAUGAGUAAAUACAAAAAUGCAAAAAUGUGGACUUAUCAAUAAAUUCUAAACAAUUUUUGGUAUCAAUAGAUUGUGAAAAAAAAUCAUUAGGAUUGAAUAGAAUACUUUGUGCUAGUAUAAUAAAACCUUAGACAGCUUGUAGAUGGCAUUAAAAUGAAUGUGUUAAAAUUAAUAAUUCUAAAGAAAUUUCAGAUGUUUCAUGUUAAGAAAUGUUAUUUUCAAAUUCAUAAACUUGUGCUAUGAUUUAAUUUAAUUAAGAACCUUGUAGAUUUGAAGAAUCUGCUAAAGGAUGCAUUAAUUCUGUUAAAUCAAAAUUUAGUUGUGAUUCUCCUGGUUUGAAUUCAUUUGCAUGUAGUUAAUUAGAAGAUUAAUGUUACUUUAGCACAGAUACCUUUUAAUGUAGACUUUUUACAAAAUAAGAUUCUCAAUAAAAUGAAAAUUAGGAUGGUUCUGAUAAUAGUCUAUAAUUAAUAAAUAGUUUUAAUUCAUUAGAAUGUGUAUUGAGUUCUCCUACUAAAAAAAUAUGCUUAUAAAUAGUUAAAAAGGGUUAAUUAUGUUAAUGGAAGGAUAAAUUAGAUUAAUGUGGAGAUAUCAUUGUGAGUAUGAAUUAAAAAUGCACAGAUUUUGUUAAUGUUAAUAGUAAUGUAUGUGCAUCUGUUGUGAUGGAUAAUCCAGAUCAUAUACCUUAUAAUCUAAAAGAAAAAGUUGGUUAUUGCAAAUAUAGUUCUCUUACUGGUUCUUGUUAAGUUUUAGAUGGUAAAGAACUUUGUGAAACUUAAUGUUGUACUGAAACUAGAUGGAGAGGAAUCAAUUAACAUUCUUGUAGUCGUUUAACUAAUAAAACUAGUGCAUAUUGUUAUUUUGAAAAUUAUUAAUGUAAAGAAUUAACAUCCGAUUUGGUAGAUAUUACAAAUGAGUAAGCUGUAAAAUAAUACUUUAAUGCUAAUCAAUUCAUGUGUUCAUAAAUGGGUAAAAAUUCAUGUCAUAUGAUUGAAUGGUCAACUUAAUAAUUAUGUUAUUAUAAUGGUGUAUCAUGUAUUAAUGUAAAUUAUGAGAAUUAUAAAAAUUUUAAAGUUUUUACAAUGGAACCUGCAAUUUUAAAUAGUUAUGCUUGUUUAGCUAUUGAAGCUUCUUUGACAUUUAUGAAUAUUGAGAAAUUUUUUGAAUAUGACUAUAUUAAUCAUCGUUGUAAAAGUGUAUAGUAACUAACUACUUUUCAAUAUCAGAGUUGUGAACAGGUUAUCGGAAAUUCAAAUAUGUGUUUAAGAUUUACAGAAAAUCUUUAUUGCUAAUGGGAUAAAAAGCUUUUAAAAUGUAUUACAAUACCUUUAGAGGAUUUAGCAGAAAUGGCAAGUUGCGAUCUGAAUUAGAAUAUUAAAGCAUGUAAAGAAAAUAUUCAUUCACCAUGCUUUUUCUCAUUUGAUUUAGAUAAAUGUAUAAGAGCAGUUACGUAUGUAAAUUGUAACUAUUUUGAUUCAAAAGGUCCAGUCAGCUAAAAGGUUUGUUAAUUAAUAGACUUUCCAUAAUAAUAAUGUGAAUGGUCAAAUUACACAUGUAUAACGACAGAUAAAACAUCAGAAUUAUGUGAUGUAAUUGGAGCAAACUAAUUUACAUGUUAUAAAAAUACGAAAGGAAAAUGUAGAUGGAGUAAAGAAGCUUCUAUAUGUUAUGAAAUUCCAAAAUAAUAGAAUAUUUCAGAAUUAGGUUGUGAAGAUAAUCUGAAUUAAUCUUUAUGUAAAUUAAUAACAAGAGAAGCUUGUAUAUGGGAUGAUACAAAAUUUGACUGUUCACUAUUUUAAAGUAUAUCAUAUAGUGAUUUUUAAAAAUUGAACAGAAAUAAUUUAUAUACUGAGAGAGCAUGUAGAAAAAUCUCAGGAGCUGGCAUUAAGUAUGAUGAUAAAAAUAACAAGUGCACUUAUGUCUAAGAUACGAAUAAAAAUAAUCCUUGUGAAACUAUGACUAAUGACUAUGCUUGCCUAUAUUUAACAAGAGGAUCUUAAUGUGUAUAUGAUAUAACUAAAACUCCUCCUUGUUAAUAAUUUACAGAUGAAUAAACUCAAUGUACGACUUCUAAAAAUAUUAAUAUCGAAAUUUGUAUGAAAAUUCCAAAAUAAUGUUAUUUCUCUAAAUUGAAAUUAUAAUGUUUAAUUGCAGAAAUACCUUCCUCUUAAACUUGUUCUUCCUUAAAUUCAUAAUUAAAUUUUGGUAAUCAUUAUAAUAAAUUAUCAUGUUCUUCUAUAAGUUAACUUAGAACUGAACCUUAUUCUAAAAAUUAAUGUUAUUAAGAAUAAGAUGAGAUAUAGUAAUGCAAUUAAGAGAGAUUUUGUGAAUGGGAUAAUUAAUUAUAUGGAUGUAAGGUAAAGGAGUUAAAUAUACUAUUUUUUGAUAGAGAAAAUACAGUAAAAGGAUAUAUUUAUGAAUAUAAAUUUUCAAAUGAUGAUUGUCAAGAAGAUUAUGAUUGCAAUUAAACUGUUAAAAUACCAGAGGAAUAUUUUUUAAAUAUUUGGAAAGAAGGAACACCUUCCUCUCUAUAAUGUGGUGUUAAAAAAAGAUGUUAAUAUUAAAAUAAAGCUUGUAAAACAAAAUCUGAUUGUCUUAAAAUAUAUAGUAUCUCUAAAUCAAUAAAUGAAGAAGGAAUACAAAUUGAUGGAGUAAAACUUGAUUAAGAUUGUAAUUUUAAAUGCUAAAAGCAAGAUUAAAUCAUCUGUAAUUAAAAUGACACAUAAUAAUUAUAAGAAAUUAUUAAAGCCUCUUAAGUUUAAAGUUAAAAAUGUGUGGGAAUUUGUGAAAGUUAAUCUAAAGAUAACAAACCAUGUAUUCAAGAUAAAGAGUGUGGUUCAAUUCAAGUAUUUAAUGAAACUACAAGUAUCUAUCAAACUAAAUNUUUACAUGUUAUAAAAAUACGAAAGGAAAAUGUAGAUGGAGUAAAGAAGCUUCUAUAUGUUAUGAAAUUCCAAAAUAAUAGAAUAUUUCAGAAUUAGGUUGUGAAGAUAAUCUGAAUUAAUCUUUAUGUAAAUUAAUAACAAGAGAAGCUUGUAUAUGGGAUGAUACAAAAUUUGACUGUUCACUAUUUUAAAGUAUAUCAUAUAGUGAUUUUUAAAAAUUGAACAGAAAUAAUUUAUAUACUGAGAGAGCAUGUAGAAAAAUCUCAGGAGCUGGCAUUAAGUAUGAUGAUAAAAAUAACAAGUGCACUUAUGUCUAAGAUACGAAUAAAAAUAAUCCUUGUGAAACUAUGACUAAUGACUAUGCUUGCCUAUAUUUAACAAGAGGAUCUUAAUGUGUAUAUGAUAUAACUAAAACUCCUCCUUGUUAAUAAUUUACAGAUGAAUAAACUCAAUGUACGACUUCUAAAAAUAUUAAUAUCGAAAUUUGUAUGAAAAUUCCAAAAUAAUGUUAUUUCUCUAAAUUGAAAUUAUAAUGUUUAAUUGCAGAAAUACCUUCCUCUUAAACUUGUUCUUCCUUAAAUUCAUAAUUAAAUUUUGGUAAUCAUUAUAAUAAAUUAUCAUGUUCUUCUAUAAGUUAACUUAGAACUGAACCUUAUUCUAAAAAUUAAUGUUAUUAAGAAUAAGAUGAGAUAUAGUAAUGCAAUUAAGAGAGAUUUUGUGAAUGGGAUAAUUAAUUAUAUGGAUGUAAGGUAAAGGAGUUAAAUAUACUAUUUUUUGAUAGAGAAAAUACAGUAAAAGGAUAUAUUUAUGAAUAUAAAUUUUCAAAUGAUGAUUGUCAAGAAGAUUAUGAUUGCAAUUAAACUGUUAAAAUACCAGAGGAAUAUUUUUUAAAUAUUUGGAAAGAAGGAACACCUUCCUCUCUAUAAUGUGGUGUUAAAAAAAGAUGUUAAUAUUAAAAUAAAGCUUGUAAAACAAAAUCUGAUUGUCUUAAAAUAUAUAGUAUCUCUAAAUCAAUAAAUGAAGAAGGAAUACAAAUUGAUGGAGUAAAACUUGAUUAAGAUUGUAAUUUUAAAUGCUAAAAGCAAGAUUAAAUCAUCUGUAAUUAAAAUGACACAUAAUAAUUAUAAGAAAUUAUUAAAGCCUCUUAAGUUUAAAGUUAAAAAUGUGUGGGAAUUUGUGAAAGUUAAUCUAAAGAUAACAAACCAUGUAUUCAAGAUAAAGAGUGUGGUUCAAUUCAAGUAUUUAAUGAAACUACAAGUAUCUAUCAAACUAAAUAAAGUUUAUGUUAAAAUAAAAAAUGCGCUUAAGGUAAAAAUAGUUGCAGUGGGUAGAGUGAUUGUCCUGAUUAUGUUGAACCAAGAUGGGAAACAAAAGUUGUUGAAUGCGCACAAAAAGAUAUCUUCACAAUAAAACCCUUGUGCAAAGGAUUUGGUUUCAUUGCAUUAAAAUGUAAUAAUACUUACUCUAAAGCUCUUUGUUUGUAUGGAGUCUUAGAAGAAUGUAUUUUUGAUUUAAAUCAAGGAGGAUGUAUUUAAUUAAAAGGAAAUGAAAAUAAAAUACCUGAUUGUUCUGCAAUAUCAAGUAGAUGUAAACCUAAAUAAGAAGCUUUGGAUUGUGAUUCAACAAAACCAAUAUGUAAAAAUAGUACUUUAUGUGAAUCAACUAAUCUAAAUUCUUGUUUAAACAGUUUAAACAAAAAAGUAAUUUGCUAAGCUGGAUAAAUGGAAAUAAUUCCAAAUUAAAAGUCAUGUUAUUCAUUAUAAAGAUAAAUUUAAAUAUGUGAACCAUUAAAACUACCUGAAGGUCUUUUAUGUGAAUCUUUUACUGAUAAUGUUUCUCCUGCAUUAUGUGCAUCAGCUAUUAAUAAUUGUAGAUUUCACUCUUUUGCUUGUGUGUCUACUAUUCCUAAAAAUGAAAAUAACAAAUGUAUUUGUGAUUCCAGUUUCAGCAAAUCACUUUGUGAAGAAUGCAAUUGUUUUUUUGAUUUUGUUGGAUAUUGUUAACAAUAGUAAGAAGUUCCUUAACUUAAACAAGAUCAAUCAAAUAAAUACUUUUUAUGUUAUGAAGUCAAUUUACUAAAUAUCGCAGAUAAAUCACGUAUAUGUGCUUUAGUUGAACAAGCUUGCAAAUUUUAUGAAAUUUGUGAAGAUGCAACUAAUUAUACCUGUGAACAAUUAAAUGGAUAUAUUACAAGUAUCAAAGCAUGUACUAAAUGUGAAGGGUAUAGCACUUAAUAUAGUCUUGAUGAUCAUAUUUGUAGAUUUGCUAUUCUAAGUUAAAAAAAAUGUGAUUUAUUAAAUAGAUAGGGAUGCUUAUAAAAAACAAAAGGAAUAAUGUGUAAAUGGGAAGAUUAUAAAUGCAAGGAAAUAACAUAAAUAACAGGUUCUGAUAUAAGAGAUUGUUCAAUUUACAAUAGAGAGGCUUGUAUAGAAUUUUAACAUGAUUGUUGGUUUGAUUUGGAUAUUGGAUAUUGUACAUAAUUUGAUCCAAAUAAAGGGUCUUGUAAUUUAUUAUUAAAUGAAGAUCUUUGCAUGUUUUCAUUAAAAGAAUCUUGCUUAUGGGAUUCUAAUAUUAAAAUUUGUGUACAAAAUGAAAAAUCGGUUAGUGAUUGUAAAGAAUUAAAUAAAUAUGGAUGCUUAAAUCAAUAAAUUUUAUUAUGUGUUUGGUCAGAUUUAUAUAAAUGUUUGGAGGCUGAUUUUGAUGAAAAUGCUGAUUCUUGUGAUAGUCCUAUAAAAGAAUUUAAAGAAUCCUUUUAAAGGUCUUAUGUAACACAUUACAGCAAAAAAAUAUGUUCAUCAAUUAAGAUUAAUUUAAAUUGUUUUUAAGAUAAUUAUUAUUAAUGCAGAGAAACUAUUGUUACUGAUAUUAUUAAAUGUGAUAGUAAUGGAUUAAAUAGAUUUGGUUGUUUAAAUAGAUCAUCUGGUAAAUGUUAGUAUGUAGAUUAAGAAUAAUUAUGUAAAUACAAUUUAAAUGAUCAAAUAGGAUGUUUAGAUUCGUUAAAUGAAGAAGCUUGUAACAGUUAAAAACUAACUUGUAAAUUUGAGAAAAAUACUUGUUCUCCUCUUUCAUUAAAGAAUUUAUCUGAAAUAUUAGAUACAAAUUAAACUUAUUAAUAUUCAAAAAGUGUUUGUAGUUCAUUAGAUAAUGAUCAUUUAGAAAGUUUAAUAUUUAGUGAAGUUUAAAAAAGAUGUCUCUUAAUUUCACAUAAAUAACCUUUUAUUGAUUAUUGUACUAAAUUUGUUGGUAAUAAGUACGCUUGUUUAUAAAAAACAACAUCACCUUGCGAAUACAAUAAUUUAGAUAAAACAUGUUUUGCAACAUCAUAAGUCAUAUUAAAAACACCUUUAAACUGUUUUACUGAAAAAGAUAUAAAUUGGGUAACUUGUAUAUCAUUAUUUUCAAAAUGCAAAUUUAUUAAUAAUAAAUGUUAGGCAAUUAAUUCAAAUGAUAGUUGUGAAUCUCUUUAAAAUUAAAAUGCAAUUGUAAAUGCAUCAAUUUGUGCUACUAGAACAGAUAAAAAAUGCAAAUUAAAUGUUAAUUCUAAUACUUGCGAAGUAAUUCAAGAUAAUUUUUAAUAAUUAAAUAUUUAAUCAUAUCUUUAAUGUUCUACUCCUGGUUUAAAUAAAAUUGGAUGCAUAUUUAUAACUAAAGGUUACCAAUGCAGAUUUUCUAAUAAUUAAUGUAUUUUUGAUUUUGGAUAAGCACUUUGUAAUGAUUUUAUAAAUGAAGAUAAAUGUUAUUAAAUUAAAACUAAGGGACAAUAUUGCAAAUUUGAUGAUAAAGGUUGUCAGUAAAUUACAAAUCGUUAGGAAUUAAAUAAAUGCAAUCAUGAAUUCAAAACAAAUCCUGUUACAUGCUCAGCUAGUUAAGAUAUUGCAUGUCAUUAUAAUAUUAUUGAAUAAUAAUGUUAAGAGUUUAAAAAUCCAUCCUCACCAUUAAAGUCAAAUUUAGGACAAAACUUUUUUAUUUCUAAUCUUUUAUCUUUUAAUUCUUAAGCAUGUUAAAUAAAUAAUAUCCUUAGACUUUCUGAAAAAAAUAUUAAUUCUUCCUUAGAUUAAGAAUAAAGUCUUAUUUUUUUAAAGACAAAAUGGACAAAUUAGUGUGUUGAAAUAGUUUCAACAGAUAUUAAUACAUUAAAAUGUAAUGAUUAAGUAAAUGAAAAAACAUGUUUAGAAAUUAGAACUCCUUUUUAAUAUUGUUAGUUUAUAAAUUAGAAAUGUCAAUUUUAAGAUUUAAAUAAGUUUAAAUAAACCUAAUGCAAUUUAAUUCAGAAAAUUAAUUCUGGAAUAUUUUGUUAAAUAAAUGAAGUAUACCUUUGUGAAUUUAAAGAGUCUACCUAAUCAUGUUAAGAUGUUGAUCCAAACAUUAAUCCAGAAAACAUUAAAUGUGUUGAUGAAAAUCCAAGUACUGUUGGAUAUAGUAAGAAGGCAUGUAAAUUAAAUAUAUAAAAUUGUAAUUUUAUUGAUGGAUGUUAUUAAAUUGCUGCAACAAAUAAUAUUAAAUUUUGUAAUUAAUUUUAAGAAGACAAUUGUAAUUAAGCAAAAAGAGAAGGUUGUAAAAUUGAUUAAAAAUAAUGCUUAGCGAUUACUUCUGAUGAAUAUUCUACAUUAUAAUGUAGUUAAGCUGCAAAUAAAAUUGGAUGUUUAAAUAUUACGUCUAAAAAAUAAUUUUGUAAGUAUGAAGGUGAAAUUUGUAAAUUCAUCAAAAUAGAGGGUCCAUAUGGUUAUUGUUUAAAUUUAUAGUAAAUUAAUAGUUAUGUAUUUUGUGAAAACACUUUUGAUAUCCCUUGUUAAUUUAAUGCUUAUGAAUAUAAAUGUGAAUAAACAAAUAGUGAUAGUUAUUUACCAUGUAUUAGAGGUUUAAAUCAAAUUGCAUGUUUGACUUCUACAAAAUAAACUUUAUAAUGUUAAUUUUAUCAUUAUUGUUAUGGACCUAAUUAUGAUAUUCUUAAUUGUAAAUCUACACACAUUAAUGAUUGUUGCUUAUUAGCAAAUACGAUUGAGAGUUGUUUAUUUUAGGAUUAAUUUUCAUGUUAAUGGCAAAAUGAAUAGUGUUCCGAAUUUUCAGAAUAGUAUGGAAACUAAACCUGUGAAAUAUUAACAAAUGUUUCUAGAAAAGUUUGUUAUGAAAAAGAAAACUCUAAUUGCAUUUUCGAUAUAGAUUAGUUAAAAUGUAUAGAGAUUAAUCCAGAAACAUGUGAUUAAGUUUAAACAAAAGAACAAUGUAAUAAAUUGUAAGAUUUGCCAUGUUAUUGGGAUAUUGUUAAAUUAUAAUGUUUAUUUAAAGAUAAAAAUUCAAAUGAUGGAUGUUAAGAUAUAUAAGAUUAAUGGGGAAGUUAAAGAGCAUGCUUGGAUGUUGAAAGAUAAGGCCAAAUGUGUAUAUUUGAUUAAAUAUGUAUUACAUAUGUGCAAACUUAAGACAUUGGUUGUUCGAAACAAUUAAAUAGAUAAUCUUGCUUAAAGUAAGUAUUCCAUUAAUGUUUUUGGAAUGUUUAUCAAGUUGAAGUUAAAAAAUAUAGUCAAAGCAAAUCAAAAGAUACAAUUGAAUUUGGCAUUUGUCUUGAAUAUAAUUAAGAAUCCAAUUCUAAAUGCAAUUCUAAUCUUAGUUAUUUAGCUUGCUUAAAUAUUAAUACACCUAAUAUUUUUUGUAAAUGGGAAGAUUAUGAAUGUAAAGACGUUAAAAAUAAUUCAAUAUUUACUCUAAGAUCUUUUUCUUAAGUAAAUUGUAAUACUUGUGGUAUAAUAAAUGAUGGUUCUCAUGCAAUGUGUGAUAUUAAGAAUUUUAAAUGUUAGAAUAUACAAUAAUAAAAGAUUAAUUUAUGUGAUUUACCUGGUAUGAAUAGAGAAGCCUGUUUUCAUGUAAAAGGUUAACCAUGUAAAUGGAAUGACAUAACAAAAAGAUGUCUAAAAUAAAAUGAAUCUGUUGAUUCAAAAAAACUAAAUUCAUAAGAUAGUUGCAAAUUAACAGAUGUUAAUAUUGAAGUAUGUUCUAAAUUAUAUAUACCACUUCCUUGUGGAUUUUUUGGAAGUUAUUGUGAUUAAAUUGAUCUAAAUUAAAUAUCUUGUGAUUAUCCAGGAUUAAAUUAGUAUGCAUGUCUUAAUAUUAAAAAUUAUCCUUGUGGAUGGAUUUAUGAUGAUAUACUAUAAAAUUAUGAAUGUAAAUUUAUCUAAGAUUUUGAUACAUGCUUAGGAUAUCAAUAUUUUGUUAACCCUUUUGUAUGUACUUAAAUUAUUGAUGGUCCAUGUUUUUAUAAUUAAAAUUUAAAUAAUUGUGUUUUACUUUAGCAAACACAAACUUAAUGUAAUUUAAUAGGAAUAAAUAAUAUUGGAUGCUCUUUUAUAGAAAAUUGUGUUUUUUUUAAUGGUAAUUGUGUUAAAUAUGAUAAAACAAUGAACUUAAGCUGUGAAGAUGCUUUAUUUUCAAAUUAUUAGGUUUGCUCAUAAAUAGAAAAAAACAGAUGUAAAUAUAACAUUUUAGGAUAUGGUUGCAUAUCAUCAGAAAUGUAGGACUUAUGUUCUACAAAAGGAAUUAAUUAGAUUGGAUGUAAUGAUUUAAUAGAAUGCUAAUGGAAUAUAUCUAAAUGUUAAUGCAAAUCGAUGAUAACUAAAUAUCCUGAAUGUGAUUUGAUUAAAGAUUCAAAAAAAUGCUAAAGUUUAAACUAUUGUUAUAUUUAUGCAUCUAAUUCUUAAUAUGCUAUUGACAUUACUUAAUAGAUAAUAAAUUAAAAUUUAGCAAAAUGCCUGAGAAAAACAUGUGCUUAUUAUUUAAUAGAUGAAUGCGAUAGUCAAUAAAUUGAUACAGAUAUUUGUUAUAUAAAUUCUAAGAAUGAAUGUAAGUAAGCUAGUAGAUGUGAAGAAAUUAUUUCACCAAUGAAUGAUUGUUAGAAGUACAUUAUAAAAAAUAAAUAAUGUUUGAUUGGCUAUAAUACUAAUAAUUGUAUAGCUUCACCAGAAUGUGAAAUAUUGGAUAAGGAUACCUGCUUGUAAUUUACAGAUGAUUGUUUUUACGAAUCUGCUUGUAAAACAUUAGAUUGCCGAUAUUUCACAACAGAAAAGAAAUGUAUUAAAAAAAAUUGUGAAUGGUAAAAAUAGAAUAAAGUUUGCAUCAAUUCAAAAUUAUGUGCUUCUCUUGAUAAAGAGUUUUGUAUGAAUAGUAAAUAAAAUGGAAAAUAGUGUGUUUUAAUAGGGGAGGAAGGAGAGAAUCAAUUUUGUACAGAUAUUGGAUGUAGAUAUUUGUAAAUAAAAUAUUCUUUAUGCAAUGGAGCUUAAAUAGGGGAAGAGGCUUGUGUUACUUUAUCAGAUUCAAGUUGUGUAAGUUGUGAAGAAAUUAUAGAUCCUUGUAUUUGUUUAUUAUAUCAAGAUUCUUGUGAAUAUGAUCGCUUUUAUAAUAUGUGUAAGUCUAUUACAUGUGAAAGUUUUAAUGAAGAAACAUGUCCCUCUACUAGAUGUUAAUUUGAUUUGAACAAUUAAGUAUUUUUAUUAAUUCAUCUUUUUUAGGUAUGCAUUCCAUUUUGUUAAAAUAAUUACAAUCCAAAAUAAUGCAAUAUUUAUGAGUUUAGCUGUUAUUGGAAUUAUGAUUAAUAAUUAUGUAUUUAAAUCAAGGCCUCCAAAAUUCAAAAACAACCAGAAAACAAUAUUCAAAUUUUUAAUGUUCAUCAAUUGGUUUUGAGAUUGACGAUACUCUUUUUAAUUUUGGAAUUCUGA